AGAAUUUGUUGAUAAGUGGUAACUGUCUAGUGAGUAGUGACUAAUGACUAUUCAGUUUUGUUUGAGCAUUGAGUACUGUCUAGUGUCUACUGUAUACUGAUUGACCGUUGAGUACUGAAUACUAAUUUAAUAUUUUAUUUAUUUUAGUGGACUAUUAAUAUAAUGGAUUUUGAAAAGGUAAAGGAAAAAGCUUUUGAAGAUGCGCAUAAAGGUAAUGUUGACCAAGUUAUGAAAGCAGUCGAAGAGCAUUUGAGGCUGUUAAAAGAAGUGGACGUUAACAAUCGUUUGCUUCUUCAUUGGGCAGCACUUGGGGGCCAUGAUAGACUUGUACGAUAUCUUCUCGAAAAUGGUCAACCAGAAGAUUCUAGAGAUGAUAUGCAAACUACUCCUCUAAUAUUAGCAGCAUCAGGUGGCCGCAUUGAUGUAGUAAAAACUCUUAUAGAAUAUGGAGUAAAUAUUAAUGCAAAAAAUCAAGAAGGGCAUUCUGCACUUCAAUAUGCAGCUUCAAAGGGUUGGACAGAAAUUGUCAGAUAUUUAAUAUCAAAAGGUGCUGAUGUUGAUAUUGCUGAUAAUAGAGGAGCAACACCAUUACAUAGAUGUGCAUCAAAAGGAAACAUGUCAGUGCUAAAACUUUUAUUGGACUGUGAUGUACAUGUAGAUGCUAAAGAUAUUUAUGGAAACACACCACUCCAUUUAGCUUGCGAAGAAGGACGUGUACAAGAAGCUGGAUUAUUGAUUAAAAGUGGAGCUGAUAGCACUCUCAUGAAUAAAGAAAAAUUAACACCUUUUGAUUUAGCACCAUCUGAUGUUCAAGGCAUUUUGAGAAAAAUCUAAAAUAUUAAAAUUGUCUUGGAUAGGUGAGGUUCAUAUUAUAUUGUAAAAUUAUAGAAAGUGGACUGAAUAAUCUUAAGACAUCCUUCUUCCGUUAAUGGUAAAAGAGUCUAAGGAAAAUAACUUAAGUAAAUUAUAUUAUAAUUGUUCUGUUCAAUUAUUUUUUAUUUGCAAUUUCUUUUAGUGUAAUCUUAAAAAAAUUGAUCUAAUAUCAAAAAUUAUUUCAUUUGAUAUAUUGUUUUAGUAACUUUUUAAAUAUUAAUUUUUUAAAAAGGUACAGUGAUUCAGUUUUUGAUUAUUUGAUUGCAAUGCCAACUUUUUCAUAAAAUUAACUAAAAAUAUCUACUUUUAAGUAGAGAUGUGUGUUCAAUUAAUUUAAUCAACUGUUUAUUAUUUUAAGUUUAGUUAGUUUAUUAAUAUAUUGAUUUGCCACGGAGGUCCUUACUCCUUAUGGGUGUAAGUGAUUUGGAACAUAUGUCUAUAACAAACGACUAUAUUAGAUAUCAUCACAAGGAUGUCAGUCCUCUAUUAUGUAUUUAAAUUGUUAUUCCAGGUCUCACAAAUAUUGUUUAUCUUGUGUUGACCAUUACUUUGUGUACGUUCCAUAUCACACGGCAAGGAUUACUAAUAAAAUUAUUUAAUUCAAUGAAGUUAA